AUGUUCAAUAUCACCAGAGUCACAGGUGGCCCUUCUAAGGACGCCACGAGGGUUGAACCCAGUAGGGAACGGGAGGACACGCCUAAGAAAGAACCGGAGGAAGAGGAUUAUUCUGAAAGGCAGAGACGAGAACGAGCCCAGGCCAUACUCAACAACUAUCAGCUAUUGAUGGAGUAUGCAGUGGCCAACGGAAGAGUAAGUCAGGUCGAUUCCAGAAGGACGCUGUAUUGA